AUUCCAGCCUGUCCUCGGUACGGCAGAUCGGUCACGGGCGUGUCCGGGCGGUCCGGGCGGGCCGCCACUGAUCCGCCGCCCCCGCCCCCGCCCCCGCCAGGUGCCGGCGGCACGCACCGCGCCCGGUGACGUACCAUCAGGCGGCGGCGGCGGCGGCGGCGGCGGCGGCGGUCGGGCUGUCGGUCGCGUGCAGCACACAGGCCGCCGGCAGCGUGCAGUGAGACACAGUGUGCGGCCGUGCCGGGACGGGACAGCAGCGACGGCCGCCCGGGGGACCGCGGAACGAGACGCUCAGGGGGCCGCGGAGGCUCAGAGGGGAGGAGAGCGGCUCAGUGGGGACGGAGAGCGGCUCAGUGGGGACGGAGAGUGGCUCAGGGAGUACAGGGCGGCUCAGAAGUGUUCAGAGAGGCUCAGCUGUGACCAUCUGAGUGGUGACCAAUCAUAAUAUUUGUGCAUUGUGAGGAAACCAUCUCAUUUCAUCUGGAGGAGGAAGCUAUAUCCGAUACCUGCCCACCUGGCUGGAUGGCCGGCCGCCAGCAUGGGCUGUAACGCCAGCAAAGACGGCGUGAUCGCCGCUCCUGGCAGCGCCGGACCUGGCGGAAAGCCCAACGGCAGGGCGGUGGAGCCGGGAGUCGAGCAGGAGCGCGCACCGGGGGCAGAGCCUGCUGAGGACGCUGAGCUGACGGCAGCGGCCACCAAGAUCCAGGCCUCGUUUCGUGGUCACCAGGUGCGCAAACGACAGAAGGCUGAACGGACCAUGGCGUCUGCCACGGACGAUAUCGACCUCACCGACCCAGAGCUGAGCGCAGCCGCCACCAAGAUCCAGGCCACGUUCCGGGGACACAGGGUGCGGAAAGACGAGGUCAUCCAGAAACGCGAGCAGGAGCUCAACGACCAGAUGGAGAAGCUGCACACAGACGCGCCUAAGGACGAAGAAAUUGAUAUCGAUCUGAACGAUCCUGAGGUGAUGAAAGCUGCCAGCAAGAUCCAAGCGUCUUUCCGAGCACAGUUUGGAAAGAAGAAAUAGCUGAACUCGUUUAUUUGAACCGUAGACCCUUAUUGCUGGUAUUCGCCUUUCAAUAACAUUCCAAAAAUUCAACCUUAAUAAUUCAUGUUCCCUGUAGGAUCUCAAUUUAACUCUUCCAACAACUCGAAUGUAAAUGAAGUACGUAGGUAUAUUUCCUAUCAGCAAGUCCUCAGCAUUCCAACGUAUGGAGUGUCAGCCUUGUGCGCUGCGUGGCCUUUUUAUAAAAACAAAUUGGUAGUACGAGUCCUUAGGCAUGAGACAGUUUGUCACUUAUUCAGACGAGUACAUCUCUGAUAUAUUAUAUCGUUAAAUUGUUGCAUAAGAGGUUUGUUACAACAACUGUGGUACCCGAAACAAUAACGGUCUGUCUACAAUAUAACAAUAUAUUGUUCCAUGUAGGUACUUGAUGUACCUCUUCUAUUACCUUUCCUCCACAGAAGCAUCUCUCUUUAUGGCCCCCUGACCAUAGCCGCAAUUAAAUGACGUGAAACUGAGUAUCGUUAUUCACCAUUUUCAAUCCAUUUCCAAUCCCAAUCAGCAUUAUAGGAGCGCUUUAUUGUAAAGUGCGUCCGUUACAGCUCGAGGAAACGGCUCCUUCACACGUCCUAUCUUUCGGGUCUCAAUAAACAGCGGCGGCAUCUCCCUAAUUAUGACGUCACUGGCCCGAAAUGUGACGUCACUGAUCUGGGAGCUAUGACGUCAGCAGCCCGGAGUGUAAUGCCAUCAGCCCGAAGUGCGGCAUCACUGUGACACCACUGAGCCACUGAGUAUUACGUCGCUGUACCGGAAUAAUGACGUCACCGACCCUAUGAAUUAUGACGUCACUGGUUUUCCAGCCCAAGUCCGUGGCCGGCUGCUGACCGGACGGUGUGGUGCGCUGUGCCGCUCGGCCGAUACCCUCGUGUGUUCUGCCGUGUUGGAAAUAAACGCCGACAUUUAUCGGGG